GAGCGUUCGCGUCGGGUUCGGUGCGGGCUGUGCCGGCGGCAGGAGGCGGCCAUUUUCCAUGAGAGCUGAGUAGUCUCCGAGUUCCCCUUUUCCCUCUGUCCAGAAAGAGCCCGGAAGGGCCGAGAAGCGAGGCCCCGACCGGAGGCUGCGGAGAGCGGGCCGGUCCGUCUGCGGGGCCGGGCGUGGCGACGAUGUUUUCCUUCUCCACCACGGUGCAGCCCCAGGUCACAGUUCCAUUGAGUCACCUCAUCAAUGCCUUCCAUUCACCCAUAACUCCAGCUCCAUCAUUUGCUACACCAUCUACCCAGUGUGUGCAAAAGGAAGCUGCACCCGAACAUGAGGUGCAGAAUAGUGAGCCAGUACUUAAUAUACGAGACCUAGGACUUUCUGACUUGAAAGCUAACCAGUUUGAUGAACUAGUGGACAGGCUACUACCUGGCUAUCGUGUAGAAAACAAAAUCUCUUCACACUGGCAAACAUCGUAUAUAUCUGCACAGUCCUUCUUUGAAAAUAAGUAUGGUUUCGCAGAUGUGUUUAGUGUCUUGCGCUCAUCUUACCUGUACAGACAGCAUCCUAGCCCCCUCCAGAGUGUAUGUUCAGAUCUUCAACGUUGGCCAGUUUUUAUUCAGACACGAGGUUUUAAGACGCUGAAAUCAAGAGCAAGACGGCUGCAGUCUUCAUCAGAACGAUUAACAGAAACAGAAAAUGUAGCGCCCUCAUUUAUAAAGGGUCUCCUACUGAGAGAUAGAGGACCUGAUGUUGAAAGUGUAGAUAAACUAAUGAAAACAAAAAAGAUACCUGAAGCUCAACAAGAUGCCUUUAAAACUGGAUUUGCUGAGGGCUUUUUGAAAGCACAGUCACUCAAUCAACGUAAUGAUUCCAUAAGACGAAACCGUUUCUUUGUCCUUGUUCUGAUCCUGCUUGGCCUUUAUGGUUUGUCAAAAAGUCCUUUUUUAUCUGUGCGUUUUCGAACAACUUCUGGGCUUGAUGCAGCUGUGGACCCUAUUCAGAUGAAAAAUGUUACUUUUGAACAUGUCAAAGGGGUUGAAGAAGCAAAGCAAGAGUUGCAAGAGGUGGUAGAAUUCUUGAAAAAUCCUCAGAAAUUUACUGUACUGGGAGGUAAACUUCCUAAAGGUAUUCUGUUGGUCGGACCACCUGGAACUGGCAAAACUCUUCUUGCUAGAGCUGUGGCAGGAGAAGCUGAUGUUCCAUUCUAUUAUGCCUCUGGAUCGGAAUUUGAUGAGAUGUUUGUUGGCGUUGGAGCCAGUCGUAUCAGAAACCUGUUUAGGGAAGCCAAAGCAAAUGCACCAUGUGUUAUAUUCAUUGAUGAGCUAGAUUCUGUUGGUGGCAAAAGGAUAGAGUCUCCAAUGCAUCCCUACUCAAGACAGACUAUAAAUCAGCUCCUUGCUGAAAUGGAUGGCUUUAAACCCAACGAAGGCGUCAUUAUCAUUGGUGCAACAAACUUCCCUGAAGCAUUAGAUAAUGCUUUGAUACGUCCUGGCCGCUUUGACAUGCAAGUUACAGUCCCCAGGCCAGAUGUCAGGGGCCGAACAGAGAUUCUGAAAUGGUACCUGAAUAAAAUAAAGUAUGAUGAAUCUAUUGAUGCAGAAAUCAUUGCAAGAGGAACAGUAGGAUUUUCUGGAGCUGAGCUAGAAAACCUAGUGAAUCAAGCUGCAUUGAAAGCUGCGGUUGAUGGAAAGGAUAUGGUUACUAUGAAGGAGCUAGAAUUCUCAAAGGACAAAAUUCUUAUGGGCCCUGAGCGUAGAAGUGUAGAAAUUGAUGAUAAGAAUAAAACAAUUACAGCCUAUCAUGAAUCUGGGCAUGCCAUUAUUGCAUACUAUACUAAAGAUGCAAUGCCAAUCAACAAAGCAACAAUUAUGCCACGAGGACCAACACUUGGACAUGUGUCUUUGCUGCCAGAAAAUGACAGGUGGAGUGAAACUAGGUCCCAGCUGCUUGCGCAGAUGGAUGUUAGCAUGGGAGGAAGAGUUGCAGAAGAACUUAUAUUUGGGGGUGAUUACGUCACAACAGGUGCUUCUAGUGAUUUUGACAAUGCUACUAAAAUAGCAAGGCUCAUGGUGACUAAGUUUGGAAUGAGUGAGAAGCUUGGUGUCAUGACCUACACAGAUACAGGGAAACUCAGUCCCGAAACCCAGUCUGCAAUUGAACAAGAAAUAAGAAUGCUUUUAAAGGAAUCAUACGAACGAGCAAAGAAUAUAUUGAAGAACCGCACAAAAGAGCACAAGAAUUUAGCGGAAGCAUUGCUGACCUAUGAGACUUUGGAUGCCAAAGAAAUUCAAAUUGUUUUAGAGGGGAAAAAACUAGAAGUGAGAUGAUAACUUCAUUGUUAAGCGUUCUAAUGGAUUACUUGCAAGAAUGCAGUAGUCUCCUUAUGCAGUGUAGCUCCCCCCCCCCCUGAUGCGUGCGUGGUAAUAAUCACAUUUCUUAAGGAUAAGCAAUUUGUCUUGUGUGCUUUUGUUACAUUUUACCUAACUUUUUGUAUUUCCUUAGAAAGAGAUGCCAGGAGCAAAAGAAGUUCCCACAAGUAUAGACAAUACGAUCUCAGGGUUGAAUCCCGCUUCUUUGGAAACCUCAAAUACUGACGCUGAAUAGUAUGUCCUUAACAUAAUCUUCCCUAGCUAAUUGCUCCAUGUGGACUUGGACGUGUAGCUGUUCAAUCGUGCGGCUUGAGAUCCCUUAAAAUGCUGCAGGAUCUACAGGUUGCAGAGGGGAUGACAUUUCCAUAUAGUUUAAUUCCAUGGGCAGUUUGUAAAACCAUCACUCCUCAUUUAGAAAAAAACCCACAGAUUUUAUUUAGCAGGUCACAUAAGGCUACAGGAAGCUGGGAACUGGCAUUGCUGUAACAGAGCCACUCACUCCCUGCCCCCCACUGGUCGUCUUAUAAAUGCCAGGGUGUUGGAAUCCUGGAGCAUAAUAACUGGGCAGAGAAAUAAUAGGGUUUUCUGUUUGGAUGCCUUUAGAUUUCACUGGGGGUGGGGAGUGGAAUUUUAAUGGCUAUGAAAAAUUGCACUGCCUCUUCAGAGUCAGUUGAAGACCUUUCCAGUUUUGUUUAAGUGGUAUGGGGGUGUAACUGCAUUGCUCUGAAAGGUGCUAUCCUGUUGGAUUUUUAAAAAUGAGAUAGUGUAUGGCUCUUUUGAGAGCUCCAUCAGUUUUCUUAGAAGGCCGUAUUGAAUCAGUCAGAGUAUUUUAAAUUCCUCUUUUUGUUCCUUUUAAAUCAAUCCAUUUCCCCAAUAAAAAUACAAAUUUUUUAUUUGAAAUCUUCAAAUCCUUCAACCCAUGUUAUGAGCACAUAGUACCCAAACAGAAAAUGUGUUCAGUGAUCUUCUGAAAUGUUAAGAGUUGGGCUAGGGUGGAGUGGGAAACAAUUGCUAGUAAUACUACUGUUUUGUGGGAGGAUGGGCAAUGGGUGGGUUAUUCUCACAACUUUAACCCUUACACUUCCCCAUUCAAAAUAGGUACAGUGGUACCUCGGGUUAUGAACACGAUCCGUUCCAGGACGCAGUUCGUAACCUGAAAUGGUCGUAACCCGAAGCGCCAUUUUGCGCAUGCGCAAAGCGCGCACACCACUUCUGCGCAUGCGAACACGCGCAUGGCGAAAAUACUUCCGGGUUUGCGGAGUUCGUAACCCGAAGUGUACAUAACCUGAGGUGUUCGUAACCUGAGGUACAACUGUAUUUAAAAGAGAAAAGGUUUUGUGCCAGUCAGUGGGGGGAAUGAAAGAAAGUUGGCAGUGAACUUUCAAACUAGUGCUAACAUGACACAUUGCUGUGAAUACAACUUGACAGUGUACUUAUUUUUGAAUUGGUUUAAGAAUUCUUUCAUUCAGCAAAUCCAGUACUCCAGUGCAACUUUCUUUUUUUGCUUUUCCCAUUCAGCUAAUCUAGUAACACAUGGAGGGACCUCAAGACCCUGUCUUAAAGCAGAAUACCAAGCUGCUAUGCUGACACAUUACAAAUAUACACUUUGUAGUGACUUACAGUGAAAGAUGUGCAAAAACAGCAUGCUUGGCACCUUUUUAAAAGAAAUUAAAGGUUUGUUUUAAUUAUGCAGAAAACUUUUCCUCAUUGUAAAUUGCUUUAUCUCUGGUUUCCCUUUUAUGUAAAUUGAGGUGUACAAAACAUAUCUUAAACCUGUAAAUAAAUUUGAGAGUUAACCGAAA